GUUCGUUCAUUGUACAGUUCUACUAGUGGGUGGCAUGGGUUUUGUCAUAGUGUAGUGUCUAUGUUGAUCCGACAGCAGUGUCGAGAAUAAACGCUCAUGUAGUGAAGAUAUGGGACUCAGUAUUAUCGGUGUCCGAUAAAUGUUGGAAAUUUGUCUGAACGCAGCGGCAAUGGGACGACCGGUAUUGGAAUUGUGUAGACAACCGCAGUUGCGACAUCAUCUUCAUCGUAAGUAGCUUUCGAGCGGCGGAACCAUGAAAGUGCGCUCUCCGUCGAGGAAACCGAAGAUGAUUAACCAGGCCGCGUUGGUAGUUGCUUGUGCCCCGAAGGCAAAUAUCAGCAGCAGUAGUUGUGGUGCUACACGUGGCAGUUGUAUUACAACUCGCACCUGCGAGUGCGAACCAUGUCAACCUGCUUCUUCAUCGUCCGAAACUAUCCGAUGGAAAGGCCGUUGGAAAGCCAAGGCCGUCGUGUUUCAGCUUAUUCUUGCCGAACUAAAACUGUUUCUUCUGCUGAUGCCGGAUGUGGGAGCCCAGUUUGAAGGUUUUGACCCCCUUGGAAACGCGUGGGAUGCUUUGACCGAGCACUCGGGGAAAGUUGGCGAAGUGGCCCAGGGUGCCGAAAAUUGGUGGGAAGAUGCCACUGGGUGGCUGGGCCACGAAGUCCAGGAGGGCGCGGAUUGGGUGGCUGACAAAACCGGUGCGGAGGACCACGACUGGGCGCAUGAUUGGGGCAACUGGUGGGACCAGGUUGGGGACAACGACGCUUCCGGGGAAGGUUAUCAUGGAGUGACGUUGCAAGGCGCCUCGGCUAUCGGAGACCUGGUGGAAGGGCAAGACAAGGACGUUGCUGACCACACGGAGCACGUCGACGCGGCAAAUGAAGCGAUCACCGCGGCGCUGGGUAACGACAACGACGUCCAGGUGCCUGACGAUCGUGAUGGAGAUGACGACUAUGCAGAGAAACUUGCGGACGCGCAAAGGAAACUGGCGGAAGCAGAACACCCGUCGAGUGGCGUCGCUCCAGAUCACGCAGAGCAGCAGAAGAUCGACGCCGCGCAAGCUGCGUUGCACAAUCUCGAAGUUACCCACGCAGACAUGAACGAGGACAAUGGGGGGCUCGCUGACAUGGACGCUGCGUCUGACAAAGCGGGACACACCGCGGAGGACGCCGUCAUCGAAAAGCUGACUGCAGAGCAGCGAGAACGUCUCUGGAUCUCCCCCAACCUUCUGGACGCGUUAGGGGACGACGGCGCUGAUCCGAAAGAACGACAGGAAGCCAUUGACGCUUUGCAAAAAGGGGUCGCGCUCGCGGGCCCCCAAUAUCUGAACGCCGAUGACAAAGCAGAGCUCCUGCAAAAGUUGGACAUUGCUGACCAGGCAAACUCGAAUUACCUGGACGCCGAGCAGCUUUUGUACGACAAAGACGUGGUGCGGUCCUCCCUCGCCGCGGCCGGGGCGCUGGCGGUCGUGGGCGGGAUAGCAGCAGUGGCGGGACGGCGCGGCAACCGGAAGGACAAGAAGGACAAGCGCGAGACGAGUUCCUCCGAGUCGGACUCGGGGGAGGGUGGCGGUCGGCACCCGCUGGACCCCGACGGCGACGGAUUUUACAACGAGGUGGAUUAUCUGUGCGACAACCAAUUCUGCCCACGGCGGUACAAGGAGCUCUGGUCGACGUACAAGCAGCACGUCCGCGUCUCCGAGGGCGGCUACCACCAGGGUCGUCAGGACGAAAAGUUUCUGGACCGGGAUCUGGUGAAGGCCAUGAGCUUCAAGAAGGUGUCCAUGAUUCGGCUGUGGCGGUUGAUGCAAACGCACAGCGACCUGAAUGCCAUAGAGCAGACCUUUAAACCGGACGACAAGCAACCGGAAACCGUGGAGGUGGGCGGCGCGCCGCUGAAGCGGUACACGCAGACGCAGAUGGACUACAAGGUGCUGAAGGACGAGCUGCUGCCGCCAAACGGGGCCGGGAAAACCGACUGCAAAAAGGUGCUGCCCUGGAUGCAGGACAAUUUGUUCGAUGUAGAUCUGAUCGACGCCGGCAGCUGGCCGCGCUUCUACCAGCGCAUCAAGCACGCUGCGGGGAACGACGACGCGGAGGAAGCGUCCUACUGGGAGAUCUUCACGCCGCGAUACGGGCAGGAGGUGCUGGGCCACGAGGCGGUGCUGAACCAGAUCACGCAGCGCAACUCCGACGAGUGGCUCCAAACCGAGCAGUUGAGCGUCCUCGACCAGCGGGCCGCGGACGCCUACCACUUGGUCAAGCACAAGAUGCUCUCGCUGCCCAACCCUCCCUCGCGGGCGGAGCUGCAGGCCAUCGUUGCCGGAUGCGCGCAGUCGCGGGCCUACCUGCAUCGGGCUGCCGCUGGGCAGCUGACCAUCGACCCGCCGACGGGCCUGGAAAACGUGCUGUACUUCGACAAGCGACGCCGGAUCCUCUUCAUCGACAACGAUGGACUACCGCCGCCGUCAACGACCACCCCGGCCCCGCCCGAUUCGCAAUCGCCCGAGGACCAGUCUCCGCAACCAAAGCCGCAGCCGGAGGAGGACUCCGAGGGUAGUGGGUCGGGAAGUGGGAGCGGUUCUGGAUCUGGUUCGCCCAGUGGGUCAGGAUCGGGCAGUCCCAGUGGGUCAGGAUCGGGCAGUCCGAGUGGGAGUGGCAGCGAUUCAGGUUCGGAGGAAUCAGAAUCCGGAGAAUCGAGCGACGAACCGUCGCCCGCGCCCAGUCCAGAACCCAGCCCGGAGCCCACUCCCGAACCGAGCCCGGAAACUCCGACUACUUCUACUACGACGCCCAGGCCAGAGGGUCUUGCACAGCGCAAAGUAUUCGUCGUGAUAUUUGAGAUGAUCAUGAUGAUGAGUACGUGGAUCUGAUAUCUUAAGGAUACUUCUGGUCCUCGCACUAGGUGCGUUCGUUGCGCCUGCCGCGCCUUCAAUUUCUAUUACUAGUUCGCUGAGUAACGAGCGCGAUUUGCGUCUGCAUAAAGUAAAAAUACCCCAGCGUCCUCGUCAGAAAUCGUAGACAAUCGUAGAGAACUGCAACUGUUGAAAUAAAUGAAAAAACUACCUCUACUAUCUCAGAAGCCGCUUGGUCGAAUCAUUUUCGUCCGCCACCGGCGGAUUGCCGAGGCCAAGCGCUCCCGUGCAGAAAUCUUCAGCUUUCUGGAGAUGCCCGGAGGUUCCCACGUGUACGCGCCUGAGGCGGUUGAGGGCGACAUACCCCUCGCCAAGGUCAAGGAGGAUGAGGAGGACUCGUGUCCGUCUCCCCAAAAUCCACUGGAUCCGUAUGGUCAUACUGGCCACAAAUCUCUGAGCAAAAAGUCGCCUGCUGGUGUUGCUGCUACUGGUAAGCGUGCGAAGUCGACAUCAACAUCCUCGAAAGCGGCGCGCAGGAAGCGAGAGACGGCAGAAAAGUCGGCCGGGCCAACGAAGAAACCACAGUCAAGCACAGAGAAGGAAAAAGAGAAAGUACACCGAAAGCCAAAUAAGCACAAGGACAAACAUAAAAGUAGAAGGAAGCAUGAACAUGGAGACGGAGCAUCGGGUCAUAACAGCCGACCGAAAUCAUUUUCCAAAAAGAAAGGAUCUGGUGUGCAGAUGCGCGCCAAAAAAGUACUGCUAGAAGAUGAAAGUGACAGCAUUUCUCACGACACCGUCGGAGCAAGCGCGGCGCCUUCCACUUCGACAUUCGCACCACCAGGAGAUCAUGGCACGACACCAACUUUGGAUGGUGGCAUCCCUGCUGCUCCACCAGUGUCGGAGGUCACUGAAAGGAAAAGCAUAGAAAGGAACGGGAAAGAGCCUGCUCAGAGUCUGUCUUUACAACCAGGAAGAUCAACAACAGCAUCCCCAGCUGUAGGAGAUGCGGCCAGAGCAAACAGUUCGAAAGGCCUGUCACCCAAAGAGGAGACCGCACCGCGCGCACCACCGGUAAGCUCGUCGCUCUCCAGCUCAACCCAUGCUGACACGUCCAACGACUUCAGCUUACCAUCGCCCGCAGAAAUGCCACAGGAUGCUCUGCCGGGUGACGGUGCCAGUACAACAUCAACAUGGAUCUCUUCAACAACGCCCGCAGCAUCAGUGAGCAAGCGCGAACAACUACGACCGCACAUUGCGUCUGAUAGGCAAGAUCAAGCACAGACUGCGCCAAGGGGAUUUGCCGCUGCCAUCACUACAGAAGUCAAGGAUCAUUCAACAGUAGACGGACGAGGUUUGGCGCUGUCAGCCGAGACCGAGGCCGUUCCGUCUGCGGUUAAAACAAGCGAGUCUCGUCUAGGUCAGCAAGAGGAAAUUUCGGCAGAAAACAAGGACUCCCAACAUCAUCAUGAAGUUAAGGAUCCCCUGGCUGAUGAACACAGCACGUCCUCGAACCCGCAGUCACAGGAAACAAGAAAUACAGCUCCCUUUGCUACGCCAUCUAGCCUUGAUGUUCCCCACACCAGUGGUAAUAGACGAGGCGCACUCCGCGGCACGGGGACGAGCGGUACGGCCAUGCGAAAAAGCGCACUGCUUCUCUGGCUUCAGGACCAGCACCAUGCGUUCUACUUGCUCUACGGUUUCGCCUUCCUUCUGAUUUUCGUGUUUCUUUUGCUGUUCGCCGGCGGGGGACCGUACCUCGUUCCGGCGAUUGCGCGCCUGGGUGCAUUGAAGCGGCGGGGCGAAACGGACGAGCCCCGGAGGAAGAAGAUCAACGCAGACGGGUCGGCGUCGCCUUACCCCGGCCCCGAGGAUGAAGCAUCAUCGAGCAGUGCAUUACUAGAACAAGGGGCAUCUUCCAAUUUACGAACGAAACCAUUUUCGCCCCCACCAAGAAAUUACAACGACCUACACGAAUCGCAGACCGCCUCGGUGAGCUCCUCUGACGGGUUUGUUGCCGACAUGCCACAGCAAAGUAUCCAAGAAAAAAACGUUGUUAGUGUAAAUUUGUGAUGCGCAAUAUGCAAGAUGAUUGCGUCUGUCAUGCUUGGCAUGCAUGAUCGUAGGGUCCAUUAAAGGGCGUUUUCACGUACUACCUGCGCAUGACAGGUUUUUGCUGUCAUGCCAGACAAAUUUGUAAUGCUAUUCCUCCAAGAAAGUUACACCUACAACGUUUUUUUCUUGGAUACAAAGCGACUCGCGUUUACUUUCCUGGAUUUCAUUUUCGCCUGCCGCUGGUGGUCGAGAGGAUAAAAACACAACCCAAGACAAGCAAGCGUUUCAUCCGCACGAGCGUCCUCGUGCUCCGUCUCCUGGACAACACCGAAGUAGUGGCUACCAGGAGCAGAACGACAUACAGCACUGUCACCGGCAAAUGACGCCUAGCGUCAACAGCUUCAGUGCUAGAAAAGCCAAAGACGAUACCGUCAUCGCUUCUUCGCCACCCGCAGGUCGGCCCAUAGGCGAGGACUUUUUGUUUGAUCUGUAAGAACCCUCAAUGUGUUGAUAAAACACUGUGACAGGAGAAUGGAUGCCGAUUAUUAUUUGCAAAUCAGAUUUUACAGUUACUUAGACAGACAGAGAGACUACGAACAUCAACCGCAUGCUUCUAUCCAAUUCCUACCCGAUGAUCCGAGAAGAUUGUGCAUGAAAAGUAACCUCUACCUCGCGAGGGCGAAUUGUGUAUAAAAAGACCUCCUGGAAUAAAAAAACUACGAAGAUGGACUACAAAAUCUUCAUGGAAAUGCGUGGAUUUUACUAGCAACAGUUUAUACUACUCGAGCCUGUAUCUAAUUCUAAGCUUUUGUACUAUCAAUUUGUAUUUUCGGAAAAUGAUUUAGCAAAAAGAAAAACUGAAACGAGCAGAAAAGAAAUGCGCAAGAGUUCUUAUGUACCAAACGUAUUGCAAGAGAAGGGGAAGACU